AAGUGGCCUUUCUGACAAACGUCACAUAAUUACUGUUAUGUUGACGAUAGUCGCAAGAAAAACAGAAAAACAUUAAAAGUUAAUGCCAGUCUAGCAUUUAGGCUGGGGACUCUAACGGAUAACGGUUGUAAAUGUGUCAUCGCCAUAGCCAGCCGUGCAGUCAUCAGCCGGUGAAAGGUUAAUUAAACAGAGCACCGCCCUUUCCAACCCAUCAAUGUUUUCACUGUAACAUCGGCUUGUGGGCAAAACAAUGAACCACGCUUUAUCCACGAAACUUGAUCAUAAUGUGGAUGAUUUUCGUGUCCGUCUCGAUCUGCAUCAGCUUGGUUAUGGCCUUGCUCUUUUGCCUCUGCUGGAAGGACAGAACUCCCACGAACGAAUGGCUAGGGGUGGAUGGAAUGGUGACGCAAAAGAAUCCAGACGAGAACGUCAAUCAUCUGCCCUCCACUGCGAACUGCAAGAAUGGGGUGGCGAAUGGGGAAACUCCAGAUAAAAGAAAUGCCCCGACGAAUUCCCAUAGAAGCCUGCCAGACAUUCCAUCCGAACUCACUGCUGGGGUUACAUGGGAUACCAAUGGGGACAACUCUUCAGAGCACUACGCCACCCUCGGCCAGUACCAGAGCGCGGGGGACAAACCCAGUGCAGUUAAAGGCCCUGAAGUGAGAUCGAGCAUUUCGCAGCACAGUUCCAUUAGCCAGGCGGACGACACUUUUUCCCCAUAUGAAAGAGUAAAGUACGACAAAAUCAAGUCCAAAAAAGAACAUCCCUAUGCCCAAGUGCAGCCCACUUCUCUACGUCCUCCUGUUUAUGAGGAAACGCACACCAGCUCGGAGGAGCGCAUCACUUUGCUCCGAGCGGACAUUCCGAGCACAUCAGCCAAUCCCAGCACGCCAAUUCGGUCGCGUCGAUCUUCAGCUCAGAGCAAUGAGCCUGUGGAUAUUCCAGCAGCAACUGCUGUAGCUGGCGGAAUCGCUGCCAGCUACGAGUUGCCCUAUAUGACUCCGCCUAUUAACUUCAGCGGGGACUCGCAGGAUUCCUCCAAAGGAUAUACCAGCAUCAGCGUGCGGGAGCCCCUGGCGAAUAUUCUCGCUCAAACCACCGGCGUGUCGAAGCAGAAGAGGAAGCUCGAUGUUCACUAUUCUACAGUGUCUGAUGACUCUGAUGAUGUUUACACUACCAUUCCUGAUCCGAAUAAUCCCAUUUACAACAGCGAAAGUGAAACGUACGCUCGCAUUCCUCCUUUGCCCAUUACGGUCGAGGCUGAAAUCAAUGUUCCUCCUUUGGAACGAAUCAGCGACGAAAGGCAGGAAGAAAUUGACGAACUCUAUGAAGCACCCCCUCAGUCCGUCCACGCAUCACAUUCACAUACACAUUCCAGACAAGCAUCUUCAUCGAGUUCUGGAAACUUCGGCUCGCCGAAGCCCGAAAAACGGCAAGCUAACUCGCCUCUUCCGCCUCCGCCCACGGCCAGCAGCGCCGACUUUUACACGGACAAGCUGCAGGUGAAGAGAAACUUGGACGAUUUGUACGCCAAAGUGCAGAAAGUUAGGAAAGAAGAUGCUGUGGACGAUGGGUUCAGUCUUUCAGACAAGGAUGGAUCCGUUAGGAGUUCUUUCGGCAUCAGUCAAGUUGAGGGCUCCUUACGCAAUAGGGAGCACAACUACGAAACCCUGAAGAAAAGCUCGACUACGAACAGCGAUUUCGGUUAUGAGAAGAUUAAAGGAGGAAUGGACUGCGAGCCGGGAUAUGCGAGCAUCAAUGGCCCAGACAGUUUGGCAGCUUCAUCGGAUCCCGGAUACGAAGCGCUUCGUGAAGUUCGUUCGGAAUCAGGCCCCAGUUUCCAGCAGCUGAAGCAAGGCGAAGACGACGUAAAUAAUCUCGGAUAUUCAGUGGUCAACAAAAAGAAGAAGGCGCCAUCCAAUCAGGCCAGUUUCACCCCAGCUUUGGGGCAUCCAGUCGACCCCAACUAUGCAGCAACGAAGUCCAGCGGAAGCGAAAGCGAUCCGAAUUACGAGUCCGUCAAUCAGUCCGAUCCAAACUACGAAAGCGUCAAGGAUUUCGAGCCGUUUCACGAAGAGGGCAAAGUUUGCGUUGCGGAAAAGGCCGCAGAUGUUUCGGAUAGUUCGAAUAGUGCGAGUAGGACAACGGAAAGUGAGCCACCGUACGAGCGGUUGCGUAACGAAGUGGAUAGUGAUAUUCCCGGGUAUGAAAAAGUAGGCAGUAACGGUUCUGCUAGUUCAGGGAUCGACGUGGAACACUUACAGAACGAGGAAACUGAUGUGAGUGUGAACAUACACGAUGAGGACGCUGUAGUUCAAGUUUAAUAAAGUUAUGUGAAUGGUACUUUACCAAAGCAAAA